CAAAUUUAAGUUUGAAUGAAAUUUUUUUAACAUUUUCUUGAAUUUGCAAGCAAUGGAAACCCGUUAAUCUCUCAUUGCCACCCUUCAUAUUAUAUCCCCCUAUCCUUUUUCCGGUAACAAGUCCUUAAUCCUAGCCACUGCAGUUAUCCACCCUACCACCACCACCACCACCACCACCACAACAACUUCUGCCGUAUCUAACAACCACAUUUCUUGAGAGUCACCUCCACGUUUCUUGAUCAUUUUCAUGCCUCAGAACCUACAUUCUAUCGUAUGGUUCGGGUUCUAUGAAAAAGAUCAAGAAAACAAGACGUAAAUAUUAUACAAAUUCACCAUGGAGAAUUAUCGGCCGUUGGAUAUCACGGUGAUCUCGGCCACUGGCCUUGAUAAUUUUUUGUAUUUUUUUAGGAUGAGAGUUUACGUCGUCGUUUCAUUGUUAAAUGGGAAUUCGGUCGUGGAAAAGAAGACGCAUUCGACGCAUGGGCGGAACCCUAAGUGGAACCACAGGAUCAAGUUUCCCGUGGAGGAGAAAGCCAUCCAUACCACCACCCUACUAUUUGUCCUCCGGCAACACAGGAUAUGUGGCGAUAAAGACAUCGGUGAGGUGUCCAUCCCGGUCAGUGAACUCCUUGAGGCCAACCCAAGUGGAUCCGAAAAAGUCGUCGACUACCAGCUGGUGCAAUCCAUGAGAGGAAAAUCCGUUGGUACAUUUACAUUUUCACACCAAUUCAGAGAGAAUGUUUGUCCGGCUAGAGAUGCCACCGGAAGUUCUCAUCCUCCGGCGAAUAACCACCAACAAGGGAAUAUUCCGGCAUACCAACAGCCACCAGCAUAUGCAAACUAUCCAGCCCCCCAAUAUGGUACUGGUGUGGGCUGGUAUCACCCCACAGGACCACCAGGGGGGUACCAAUACCCUCCACAACAACAAGUUGGUAAUUAUAACCAACAACAACAACAACAACAACAACAACCGAAAUCAACCGAUUAAAUAAGUCACGGUGGCCAGAGAAGACGGGCUAGGAAAGGCGGGUGGGGACGUUGAACGAAGAACGCGCUAGAAGAAGUAACGAUUACGGAUUACGAGUUUGAUGAUCAUAGGUUAAUAUGUUGCAUAUUAGGGGUGUUUCUUCUAUAUUUUGUACAAGACUCACAAGGAUUAAUUAGCCAUUAAUGGAGAAGAUCAUCUUAUAUCA